AGACUUAAUAAGUUAAUGGUUAUCAGUAUCAAGAAGAGUUCGAAGUUCAAGUCAACAAGUCCUCUACGACGAAACGUAGUGUUUGGUAUAGACUCGAUAAGGACACACAAAAUGGCAGCUCGCUUCGCAUUUGUCUUCUUAGCCGCGUUGGUGGUCUUUCAAGUUUUAAUGUGGGAAUCGUGCGCCACGGUUAUCCGUCGCGACGUCGCCGACGCCCCGAAAACCGCCGAACAAACCAUCGAAGACACUCUUCAAUCAUUCAAGUCGAGUCUUGACGACUUAGUAAAAAACAUUCAGAAUAAUGAGCUUGUACAAAACGUGUCUGUUUCUUUGAAGAGUCUCAGUGAACAAAUCCAAACUCAGGGCCAACAAUUAGUCGCCAAACUUCAAAAUUCGACAAAAACCAACUAAAUUAUAGCACAUUUUGUAAUUACAUAAACGAUAAUAAAUGUUUUUAAUGAAA